CGGGUUUCAUUGAAGAGCCCAGUAAUUUGGUCCGUUAACGAUCAAAAUCAAAUAAUCAAACCCUGCGUGCAACUGAAGCACAAAACAAAACUGAAACCAUAGUUGAUGAUUGUAUACCGUUAAUUAAUUCCCUCCCUCUCAUAAACACAUUCAAAUCCACCGUCGCCACCACCACCCACCGCCUCUGCCACCAUCACCACCGGCAUCAAAUCUUCUUUUACGCUGACGACCGAGCGGAUGAUACCACAUACUCAAAAUUGGGGAAAAAUUUAGGGUUUUCUCUGUUUUAAGGGUUAGCUCCAUCAAUAUCCCCAUAAUACAAGGGAUUAUCAGGAAUAAGGAUUCAUCAAGUGCUAUGGGACCCAUUCACUGAAUAAACUUCAACUCAUUCACUGGAACACACAAAUCAAGCAAAAGUUCGCCAGGCGCAUAACUCUUUGUACAACAAAGCUGGAGCAUUCCCUUUGAUAUAUUGGUUCUUGACUUAUUUCACAAUGGGUGUUGUACAAUUCGAUCUUCGAUGUCCCCAAUGCGUUAACGGGAUUAUAGCUGAUCCACAAACUGAUUGGAGUUUCGAUGAACUCAUAUCAGAGCUUAAUUCCAUAGACCAAAAACUUCAAGCAUCCUCACCGGUCCCUUUACAUUUCACCAAAACACACUCAAGUGAUCUUCCAAUCGCUGAUAAACGUAGGAAGGCCUUUGUGAUGCAUGUAUCAGAUGAUGAAAGUAAUGAUGAUGAUGCUUAUGAGGAUAAUAAUAGCAGACAUGUGACGAUUGGUAAUCGUUUUGGUUGUGAGGAUACCUAUUUAAGUGACAGUACAGAGUCUGAUAGCGAGUCAACUAGUGAGGCCCAAUGGGCUUUGAUGGACAAAGGUGGAGUUAUUGAAGGUGCAUUAAUCGAGCUAAGCCAUGAACACCAGCUUAGUGUUGCGGAAGAGAUAAGAGCCCGUAUAUCUGCAUUUGGAGCCGAUCUUACAAAUGAAAAAGACAAAUUUACCCAUGCUCUAUCCCGAGCUGAAAAAAAUAAGGAGGCACGGCGUGAGUUAGAUCGGAAACGCGAUUUGCAAUAUCAACGCCAAAUUGCAGAAGAACUUGAUAAUCAUCUGACUGAUGUUCAAAGGCACCAUGAAUACAAAUCCCAGAUAGAAGAAAAAAAGAUACGAGACGAUGCCGCAAUUGAAGAGGCCAAAAGAAAGCAAAAGGCUUUUCAGGAAGAGAAAAUCCGUCAAGAAAAAAUUAAAGCAGAAGAGGCCAGGCAUCAAGCGGAAAAGAAGAAAGAGGAAGAAGCAAAAGCGAUAGCAUUGGAAGCUGAAAAAGCUGCAAAAGAAGCAGCUGAAAUGGCGGCUGCGGAAAGUCAAAGAAAGGCUGCUGAGGCUUUGACUGCUUCACAAGGAGCGGGUUCUAAGGAAUCCGGUUCUGGUAGACUCAAUAAAGCACCCGAAGGAAAUGUCCUCAAGGGUGCUGAGAGUGCUUUAAAAAUGGAAGAAAGUAGGCUGCAAAUAUAUAACGAAGUGGUAGGAAAAGGUUUUGCUUCGGAAAUGGAUUCUAAUCGAGAAUAUAGCAGGCAGGGUAUGCAAAUGGCUAGACGUAUUAAAACCAUAACCGGCACAAAAGAGAGUGUAAGGGCAAAAGCAGAAGAGCUGGUGAAACUUAUGAAUUCAACCCUUCCCCAAUCCGUCAAUAUCGGGAUCUUUGCAGAUAAAGUCGUCUAUUUUUGCACAAACGCUAGCAGCAAUGCCGCCAUAUAUGCUUAUGGGCAUGUCAUUGUUAUGGUUACAUCACAGGUUCCCCGUGCCAUGGAAAUUCUUCUUGCAAAAUUAAACAAAGUUUGCAUCUUCACAAUUCCAAAGUAUUUAAGUUAUUCAGAGGCAGCAUUUGAAUCAAGAAAUGCUUACUUGAGAGCUAUUGGUUACCAAGAAGAAGAUGGGAAGCUUGAAAGUACCGAUGAUUAUGUAGCAAGACUAACCCAAUAUAUGAAACUAUACGGGGCUCUAAUUCAGACUGAAGUUAACGGCGUCCAAAAUCUGCAUGGAAUUGAAGAGGGCUGGAAAUGGCUUGCUAGGUUUUUAAAUUCUCUGCCGGCGAAUAUAUACACCGUAGUGGCACUUGAGGCUUUCCUUGAGGUGGCAGGGUUUGCUCUAUAUAGAAGAUACAAAAACCAGUUCAAGAAGCUAUUAAACAUUAUAUCCCGCGACUUCCUUAAAGCGUUGAAGGAAAGUAAAGAUCCGAAAGUGACGAAAGCUGUGAUGAGUUUAGAGAGCUACAUUCAAUCAAACAAUUUCCAAAAAGAACCCGAAGGAUGGCGGCUUCGGGAUCAUUUACAAUCAAGCGAUUUCAACGCUAGCGAGUCCGAUAAUCAACAACAAUAUCAUAAUUCGUCACAAGGAUAUGGGGGGUACCAACAACAAUACAAUUAUAACUCACCAAAUAGGUUUGUUUAUCGUCGAUGACAGAUUCACAUUCGAGUAUUUAUGGCUGAAUUCAUUGUUGAACAUCCAUUUUUUUCAUAUUGUUAGAUUGAUUGUUUGUACUAUUAACUCACUAAAUGUAAUGUUUGCAAUGAGUGUAUAUUUGUUUCAA